AUCUACAUCUCGAAAUAGAUCUGUAAAACUUCUUGCACUGACAGACAACUGCAGACAUCAUGCCUAAGAAAGUCAAGAGGUGUAUGCCAAUUAAAACAGAGGAAACAAAAAUCUUUAAGUUCCUCAAGAAACAUUAUAGUGAUUUCCCCCAAUCAGAAUCUGAUGGCACACCUACUAAUAAACUAUGCCUUAAAGGCCACGUCCUGCUUGUUUACUUACAAAACCAAUCUUCACCAGCAAUUACUGUUCGGCAAGUCAGUUCGCUCUUCGGAAUCACAGUUACAAAACUGCAUAUUUUGGAACUCGUUCGCAACUUAAAUAAAUAUAAAUCAAAUCUUUCAAAAAAUUUACCGUUAAUAAAUCAACUUUGUAGUGAAAUUUUUCGCCCAUUGCCUACCGCAACAGCCUCUAAUCCAGACAGUACUAUAAAUAAUGCAACUUCAGUUCCGCAAACCUUAACUGCAGAAGUACCUAGUGCAAGUUCAAAUAGUUCCAUAGAUGGUGAUGACAUGGCUCCAAGAUCACUGAUCCCACCGACAGAAGAAUCAAGUGCGUGUUCAUAUAUUCUCAGAGGAAAUGUUAAGAUGACCCCAAGGGAGAAAACAUUGAAAAGACGCCUCUCUUUGCUAUCCCAGUUUAGAAGGGACGAAAAAUGUAAAUACAGAAAAACAGUCGCAGAUUUAAAAUCCAAAUCUAAUUUUCAGCCAAAAUUGAUCAAAACUCUAAAGCGAACCAUCAGACGCCAACGUGUAAGGAUUACAGCGUUGAAAAAUGAAAUAAAAGAAUUUCGUGUUGAAGCCAGGGUGAAACAGUGCGCCAAAAUGAAACUUUUAUAUUUGAAAGAGAGAAAAAAGAAUCAAGAGCUUUUAAAGCAAUUAAAGAAAAGUCAUUCACAAAAAGAGGUAGCAGAAAGAGAUGAACUUAUUCACUUUCUUCAAAAUGAAAAACUUCUCCUGGAAGAGAGAUUAGAAGAAUUAGAAGAGGACAAAAAUUAGCUCUAAGAAAAACACUAGAAACUAAUGAAAGUUGACUUUGAUUAUAUUCGAUCGUUUAUUUCACUGAGUUCCCACAUCUGGUGUUCUUCCCAUUAUUAAGACAUUUUGUGUUAUAAAGGAGAGCUCAAGUUUCUUAUUCUUUGGUUUUGACUCUACAUUGAGUGGUGGGCCAGCUCAGGACUAUGAGAAACACAUUAGCCUGUCAAUCCAUUGACAAUCUUAUUUCCACAACGCCGAAUUACACAAAUCUUUGCUCCAGAUAAUAGCUGACACUACUAACACUCUUAUCAGCCAUGCAGCACUAUUGCUAUAACGAAUAAGUCAGUCAUGGGACAAGAGAUAGUGAAAUGAGUCUCCCAGCAGUUCUUUUGUAAGUGGGUUCAUGAGGACACAGAAGUCUUGGUAGACAGAAGUGGUCACAUUUAGAGGGUGACCGAAUAAACUGUGAUAUGGAAAGGAAGAUCAUAAAGGCUUUAUUUUCUAUGCAGCAUGGGUCUCUGAGCUGAGUUUCUUUGUAUUCUCUUCAACCUGUGAGGGAGCUCACGUCAACUCCAUUCAUUUCAUAGGGUUACCAGAUGCCUGUGAGGCACUGUGGCUGAGCGGUAAAGCGCUCGGCUUCCAAACCGGGGACCAGGGUUUGAAUCCUGGUGAAGACUGGGAUUUUUAAUUUCGGGAUCUUCGGGCGCCUCUGAGUCCACCCAGCUCAA